AUGGCGCGUUUGGAGUGCUUCAGUAUGACAGGGGGCCAGGCCCAUCACUGGACGAACAGACUUGAUGCCAAAGUGGUGUAUUCGCAGAGGGUCAUGGAGGUGGAAAGCGAGACCGAGGAUUUGCUGCGGCGCUUGACGGCGCAUCGCGAAAUGCAUGAGGAAUUCUGCGCGUUGAGUCUGCGAAAGACAGAGGAAGUCCAAGAGGAGCGCCAAGCGGUGGUUCGGAACCAGGGCGCCCUGUCGCAGGAGUUGGUGAAGCAACGCGCCGCGUUCUGCCAGCAAAAGUCUGCUCAGACUCGGCGACAGGCGGAAGCCCGUUUGGAGGAAGCGAAACGGCGCGUGGAGGACGUGGACCGCCGCUGUCAGGAACGCGUGUUGAUGGGUAAAGACACCGCGGAGGAGAAGGUGCGCAUUGCCCAAGAACGCUUGGCGGAACAGGUGGAUGUGGCCGAACGAAGGGCUCACGAGGAGGCACGCUGGCAAGCGGCUCUGGCCCUCCUGUCCUCGGCGUCCUCGGUGACCCGCAGGGUCAGGGUGCAGCCAGAUGCCGUGACGUUCACAGCCUGCGCAAAGGUCUGCGAAGCCGCAUGGCGUUGGCAACACGCCAUCCAUCUCUUGUCGCAUUUUGACGAUGCCGACCCCACAACGUGUAGCACCUGGAUCAGUGCCGCAGGGAGGAGUCAGAGUUGGAGCCAGGUCCAUAAAGUCUUGGACCAUCCACGACUUGGACAUUGGCGUUUUCAGCUCAUCGUCUGUGGUGCCGCCAUCGCUGCUGCUGCUCGCACGGCGCAGUGGUCAGCAGCUCUGGCUAUGCUGGAUUCGGCGCAUGCGGCAGGCAUCAGCCAGGAUGAGAUUGGCUACUCAGCUGCCAUGCACAGCUGUGUAAAGGCUCGGCGCUGGCAUCUUGCGCUGGAUCUCUUUGCUGCGCUGGGCAUGCAGCGUUUGGAUGGCUCGUCUCAGGUGGUGGUGAACCCAGCCAUCAGCGCAUGUGAAGCCGGACAUCAAUGGCAACUGGCCCUGGCUCUUUUCACAGGUAUUGGUGGGGCCAUUCAAGCAGAUAGUCUUAACGCCGCCGCAUCGGCCUGUUCCAAAGGAUACCAUUGGCAGCAGGCCUUGACACUGAUUGGAACCAGCUUGGAAAGACGCGUCAGGCCCUCCACCUUGACCAUGGUGGUCGCGCUGGCAGCUUCGGCGAGCGGAAGCCAAUGGGAAGCGGCCAUCCACUGGAUAGGCUAUGCUUGGAGGCAUCACCGGUCUGCCAACACAGACACUGCGUGCGUGAACUCAGCACUGAGCGCCUGUGCACGUGCCAAGCAAUGGGAACGAGUACUUGACCUUCUGACUUCACCAUGGCAGAAAGACGCUGUAAGCUAUCUCACAUCAAUGGAGGUUUGCAAUGCACUAUGGCUCUUGCAGGAUGCCAGGAGGAAUCGAAUCGACCUGUCUGGCCACGCACUGAUGAUGUCGAAGAUAUCGAAGUCGGGGUUCGUGACGUCACACUUGCUGGAUGGAUGUUCACUGGAAGACCUUUGUGGCUUGUGGGAAGUUGAUGAGCAACGUUGCAGCACCAGUCUUCGCAGCUCAAAGUUAUGGCCCCUUUGGAGCCGCCACUUGGAACAUCCCUUGCUGUCGCUUCUCAGGGAGCCGACGCCGACAGGGCGCUAUGGCGAGGUCAGAGUGCCAUGUGCCGCCACGCGCCGGAUCGCUGAGCAGCUGACGAAAAGAUCGCUGGCCAUGGACUCCCGGGAUAAAGCUUCCAUGGCCUUCCAUGCGGCCCUCAGUCGCUGCAGCGGUGCCGCGGACGAGGCCCGUCGCCGGGGUCUCUUCGAGGUGGCCGAGAUGCUGAUGCCGCGGGACGCCUGGUGCGGUUUCAACACGCUUCGGCCCAAUACAGCUGAGGACUCGACGCGACCUGUGACCACUGCCAGCGGGGUUGAAGUUUGGACACUGAAGGAAACAUCCUCCACCGUUUUCCCUGACAGAGGAGGCACCCCAAUGGAAGAGGAGGCACGGUGA